AUGGACACAUUCCGAGUUCGCAUGAACUGCGUGGACCACUACCAAGCCUCCCCAACCGAUGACUUCGAUCCGCCCGUACCCCUCGGUGGGAGUCUAUUCGACCGACCUCGAGUAUCAGUCAUCCGUGUCUUUGGCGCGACUCCGACGGGGCAGAGGGUGUUGAUGCACAUCCAUGGCGCGUUUCAGUACACAUACAUCGAGUACAGCGGCAGCCUGGAUCCGGCAGCCGUUGAUGUGGCAAUCCACACUCUCCAGCUGUCGAUUGACCAUGCCCUGGCCACUAACUAUCGCCAGAACAUCUACGAAGGCAAGGUUCGAUAUGUUGCCCAUAUUUCCUUGGUCAAGGGCGUUCCGUUCUAUGGCUACCACGUGGGAUACAAGUUCUACCUUAAGAUCUACCUGCUAAAUCCUCUGCACAUGACGAGGCUGGCUGAUUUACUGCGGGAAGGCGCCGUGAUGAAGCGAGUGCUGCAGCCCUAUGAAAGCCACAUGCAGUACCUUGCGCAAUGGAUGUGCGACUACAACCUGUACGGCUGUAGCUACAUUGACUGCGCAAAGGUCAAGUUCCGCGCUCCUGUUCCAACCUAUGCCGAGAUCGCCAAUCCGCUGCAUCAAUGGCACGACUUGUCGAUCCCACAGGAAGACAUUUCCGCAAUAGAACGACUUCCGAAGCAGAGUCACUGUGCGCUGGAAGUGGAUGUGCAUGUCAAGGAUAUUUUGAAUCGCAGGGGCGUCGAGGAGCGGCCACUCCAUCACGACUUCAUCGAGCGGCUUCGUCCCAUUCCGGCCGACGCAAAGCUGGUACAGAGCAUGGCGGGUCUAUGGAAGGACGAAACUCGACGCCGAAAGAUCAGGAUGGGCUUGAGAGAUUUCAACAGCAGUCCUUUCCCUCCCGAGGUACUCAUCUCAAUGUCCGCGGACCCCCGAAAUACCGCCGCAGGCGGCUGGAUCCAUGAAGAAGAAUUCCGGGAGAAGAUCGCUCAGGUCGUGGCUGACGAGUACGACAAAAGUGACAAGGAAAAGCUCUCAUUUGAUACAUUUGUGAAACCGGACCCACUCGGGGACACCGUUCGGACAGCCCUCGAAAGCGUCGAAGACCUCUACCCUGGACAACUCCAAUUGGUAGACACUGCAAAUACGGAUCGCUCGAGCAGCCAUCAACAAGCAGAGGUGAACCGAGGGAGCAUCAUCAUCGAGGCGCCUGGCGUAGAACACCGUGCAGACGGAUCAGAAUCAGGUGUGGAGGACGCACAAGGUUCGGAAAACGGUGCUUCAGGCGGAUCUGGUAAAGCCAACGGUGUUGAUCAUGAGGCUCACACUCGAGGGGAUGUCUUAGUCACAACCCCUAUCAGCUCCUUCGAGUACGAAAUGUACGGCAUUCGACCUGCUGCUGAUAAGGGGCAUCUGGACGAGGACGCUUUUCAAAUACCGACGGAGCAAGACAAUGGAAGCACCACCGGAGAGACGGGAGUUCCGCAAGGGGCCAAGAGACCGAGAUUCGCAAAGAUACCGUCAGCCAGGGCGAGGAAGAAACACAAAUAUUUUGUUGAUGAGGAAGAAUUUAUCUCCGAGUCCCAGCUUUCAGAGGAGGAAGCCAACUUCUUCAUCGAACUCAAAGCGGUUCCCUCGGCACAGCGAAAUCAGGAGGAAAUACGAGACGCCUCAGGGCUUCCUGGAGCGCUUGAAGGGCAUUCGUCUGCGUCCAAGCGCCAGGAUGCCCCUCGAGAAGGCCGCUCCUUGGUGAAUCUCUCCCAGCAAUCGACCCUGUCCUUUCCCUCAGUCAAGAACUCGAAUGAUCCAGCUACGAUCCUUCGCCUGAGUCAGAAAAGCAAUGCCUCUCCACAUCCAUCUCAGAGCUCACCGUCCAAACCUCCUGCGUCUUUCCCGGCCUUCAAGACUCCCGCGAAGUCUAUUGCUGCCGCAUUGGAAACUCCUACCACGGGUCGAAGCACUUCCUCGUCAGAUCCUAUUGGUUUCAGGCUGGAAGAGUUUCAGAAGCCUGUUAAUGGCAAUACCUUGGUUCUUUUCCAGCCUUGUCCACCCAGCUUCGAGGAGGUGGAGUCGACAAUGUCGGAGUAUGGUUUGCCAGACGCGAUCUACCAGGAGGCAUUUUACAGCAACGAAAAAGACGUUCCCGGUCGAGGUAGAGAAUAUGCAGGACGUGAGUUCAAACUUAGAAGCGCGACAAUUCCAUACCUGCCAGACUUCGAUCCCUCCGGCACGUCCUCAGCAACAUUUGGCCGAAAGCCUCCUGCGCUGAUUGAUUUUGCAGCAGAGAAGAUCCGAGACAACCAAAGACGAAAGCGUUGCAGGAUACGCGAAUGGGUCAUCUCUGAGCCCCCGCCACGCAAUAUCGAUGUGCUUGCAUGGCUGGAAGAGGAAGACAAGAAGCCGCCAGUCUUAGGGAAGUCAGCGCUGCGGACACACAUGCCCUCCCAGAUUGACGGCCCCACGCCCAAGAACAAGCACGGUUUCAAAUACUCUCAGGUGCAGCCCAGUACGAGCGUACAACGUGAAACAGAGUACAUGAGCAUCAUGAGCCUGGAGGUUCAUGUCAACACCCGUGGAUCUCUGGCGCCUAAUCCAGACUUGGAUGCCAUUGGGUGCAUAUUCUGGUGUGUGCAGAGCGAUGACGAGGAGGUGGAAACCAACGGCUCCAAGGAAGGAGUUCACGUCGGCAUCUUAGCUGUCGCUGACGGACCACAUACGGCCAAGAAGAUUGGUCGCAGUGUACCCUACGAAGUGGCUCAGGAAGACACCGAACUCGACGUUCUCACCAGGUUGGUUGAUAUUGUUCGGACAUACGAUCCUGACAUCUUGACUGGCUAUGAAGUACACAACAGUUCAUGGGGAUACCUCAUUGAGAGGGCGCGCGUCAAAUAUGGCCUCAACUACUGCGAUGAGCUGUCCAGAAUGAAAUCGCAGUCCCACGGCAGGUUUGGCAAGGAGGACGACCGCUGGGGCUUCAACCAUACCUCGACCGUUCGAGUCACCGGCCGACAUACGAUCAACAUUUGGAGGGCCAUGCGUGGUGAGCUGAAUUUGCUGGGCUACACCAUGGAGAACGUCGUCUUCCAUGUCCUACAUCAGAGGAUACCUCACUACAGCUUUUCUGACCUGACGAACUGGUACCAAAGCAAGAAUCCUCGUGACCAGGCCACAGUUGUCGCGUACUUCAGCUCCAGGGCGCAGUUGGACCUUGAGAUCCUCGAAGCCAACGAGCUAUUGUCGAGGACUAGCGAGCAGGCCCGCCUCUUGGGCGUUGACUGGUUCUCGGUCAUUUCGCGUGGGUCGCAAUUCAAGGUUGAAUCCUUGAUGUUCCGGAUCGCCAAGGCCGAAAAUUUCAUGCUUGUUUCGCCCAGUCGCCGACAAGUCGGAGUCCAAAAUGCGUUGGAGUGUCUGCCGCUUGUGAUGGAGCCUCGGAGCGACUUCUACACCAGUCCUAUGCUCGUCCUCGACUUUCAGAGUCUGUAUCCCAGCGUCAUGAUUGCCUACAACUACUGUUACUCGACUUUCCUGGGUAGGAUUGUCGGCUGGCGAGGCAUGAACAAGAUGGGCUUCACGAGUUACCGCCGCGAAUCGCGUAUUGUGGAGCUGCUGCGGGACUCCAUAAAUGUUUCGCCGAACGGCAUGAUGUACACCAAACCCGAAAUCAGGAAGUCGCUCCUCGCCAAGAUGUUGAGCGAAAUCUUGGAAACACGGGUCAUGGUCAAGAGCGGCAUGAAAGUCGACAAGGACGACAAGGCAUUACAGCGGUUGCUGAACAACAGACAGCUUGCUCUCAAGCUCAUCGCCAACGUGACGUACGGAUAUACGUCGGCCUCGUUCUCUGGGCGGAUGCCGUGCUCGGAGAUCGCAGACAGCAUUGUCCAGACUGGCCGAGAGACAUUGGAGAAGGCCAUUGCCUUUAUCCAUUCCGUCGACCGAUGGGGUGCUGAAGUGGUGUAUGGCGACACCGACAGUCUCUUCGUGUAUCUCAAGGGACGGACCAGAGCGCAAGCCUUCAAUAUUGGAGAGGAAAUCGCCGACGCGAUCACCAAGAUGAAUCCGCGACCCAUCAAGCUCAAAUUCGAGAAGGUCUAUCACCCGUGCGUCCUGAUGGCCAAGAAACGGUAUGUGGGCUUCAAGUACGAGAGCCGCGCACAGACUGUGCCGGAAUUCGAGGCCAAAGGCAUCGAGACUGUGCGCCGCGACGGCACUCCAGCCGAGCAGAAGAUGGAGGAGACUGCGCUCAAACUGCUGUUCCGGACGUCGGAUUUGAGUCAGGUCAAGGCCUACUUCCAAGCUCAAUGUGCCAAGAUCAUGCGCGGCAAGGUCUCGGUUCAAGAUUUCUGCUUUGCUCGUGAAGUCAAGCUCGGAACGUACAGCGCGAAGGGCCCGCCCCCUCCCGGUGCACUCAUCAGCGCUCGCAAGAUGCUGGAAGAUCCCCGGCAGGAGCCUCAGUAUGGUGAGCGGGUGCCGUACGUGGUUGUGACGGGUUAUCCGGGAGCACGCUUGAUCGACCGCUGUGUGGCGCCAGAGGUUUUGCUCGCUGAUGCACACAUGGCGCUUGACGCUGAGUACUAUAUCACCAAGAACCUCAUUCCGCCGCUCGACCGAAUCUUCAAUCUUGUCGGGGCUAGCGUCCGCCAAUGGUACGACGAAAUGCCCAAGUAUCGACCCAUCCGCCAGGUCGAAGCAGGGCUCUCCUCAGGUGGAAAACAAGGUGGCGGUGGCACGCGCCAGAAGACGAUCGAGUCAUACAUGAAGUCGUCAAUGUGUAUAGUCUGUCGGACACGGAUACACACGACGGUGGACUCCAACACACCGCUGUGUAGGCGCUGCUCCAAGCAGUCCGUGAAAAGCAUGUUCACACUCCGAUCGCGGUUGAUGAAGGCACAACGAAAAGCGACGCAGGUGGCCCAGACGUGUCGUUCAUGUACGGGAACUGGGUGCAUCGAGGAGAUUCACUGUGACAACAAGGAUUGUCCUGCAUUCUAUUCGAGGACGAAGCAGAAGGCAAGACUCGCGCAUGAAGAGGCUGUUAUUCAGCCUGUAUUGACGAUGCUGGAGUCGUCCGCGAUGGCCUGGUAA